ACUAAAACAAAAACUUAUCAAGCAAGUCUUCCACUAUACAACAUAAACAAAUCAAAAGGAGGCUAUCAAUGAAAGAAAGGCGAGAUUCACCAAAAUUAUCUGUCCUUUGUUCUUAGGAAGAGGAACCAAGCCAUAGAAGCAGAAACAGUUUCAAUGGCUAAGCUCAUCUUAUCAAUGGUUUUGGGUGGAAUUGUUGCGCUGAUAUUACACAUCUAUAGUAUUUUUGUUGUGAAGCCACAAAAGGUUAGAUCAAAGCUGCAGGAGCAAGGGAUUAGAGGACCUUCCCCAUCUUUUCUACUGGAGAAUAUCCGUGAAAUGACAAGUAUUCAAGUCCAAGCCCUUCAAUCAGCUCAAAAAAAGAGUCCAAAGGCUGGGAAUGGGAUUGCUCAUGACUGGCCUUUCACUGUCUUUCAAUAUUUGCAUAAGUGGAUAGAUGAAUAUGGAACAACUUUCAUAUAUUCAAAUGGAAGCAUACAGACAUUGUGCACAACAGACAUAGACAUUGUGAAGAAAAUCAGCCUGUGCACAUCUUUGAGCCUGGGGAAGCCUUCUUAUCUAUCCAAAGAUCGUAGGCCGCUGUUGGGCCAGGGCAUUCUAUCAUCGAGUGGCCCAAUUUGGGCCCAUCAAAGGAGGAUAAUCGCUCCUGAAUUCUACCUUGAUAAAAUUAAGGAUAUGGUGAACCUAAUGGUGGAUUCUACAAGGUUAGUUCUAAAUUCCUGGGAGAGCAGAAUUGAAAAAGAGGGAAGACUUGCAGACAUCAAUAUUGAGGAGGACUUGAGAAACCUCUCUGCAGAUAUAAUCUCAAGGGCUUGUUUUGGUAGUAAUUAUUCCGAGGGUGAAGAAAUAUUCCAAAAGCUGAGAACCCUUCAAAGUGUUAUGUCUAAGGCAACAAUAGGAAUUCCUGGCUUGAGGUACAUGCCGACCCAAAACAAUAGAGAAAUAUGGAAACUGAAGAAAGAUAUUGAUUCGAUGAUACUAAAGGUUGUGAACCAGCGCGCGGCUGGUACACAUGAGCAGGACCUGCUACAAAUGAUACUCAAGGGUGCAAAACAUGGUAGUGAUGUCAAUGAGGGUCUUCCAUCUGAUGUUUCCCUUGACAAGUUCAUAGUUGAUAACUGCAAGAACAUAUACUUUGCUGGCCAUGAGACUACUGCCAUCACUGCAACAUGGAGCCUAAUGUUGUUAGCUGCACACCCAUACUGGCAAGCUCGAGCCCGUGCUGAGGUACUUGAAAUUUAUAAAGAUAAAGCUCCCAGCGCUGAUAUGUUUCGGAACAUGAAAACUCUUACCAUGGUGAUUCAAGAGACAUUGCGCCUUUACCCACCAGCAGUUUUUGUGGAUAGAACAGCUCUGGAGGAUAUUGAGUUCAAAGACAUUUGGAUUCCGAAAGGCUUGAACCUCCAAAUCCCAAUAGCUAUAUUACAGCAAAGUCCUGAUCUAUGGGGGCCUGAUGCACACCAGUUCAAUCCAGGAAGGUUUGUCAAUGGCAUUCUGGGGGCUUGCAAGAGUCCACAGGCUUAUAUGCCAUUUGGAAUCGGCUCGCGAAUCUGUAUUGGCCAACAAUUUGCCAUGACACAGCUGAAAGUGAUUCUAUCCCUAGUUUUGUCAAAGUUCAGCUUCUCCCUCUCCCCCAAAUAUAAUCACUCCCCCGUGUUUAAGUUAGUGGUGCAACCAGAAAAUGGAGUUCAUCUCCAUUUGAAGAGAUUGUCAUGACUGUAAAGAUUGAAAGUGUUUGAAGUGUUAAUAAAUACAGAUCUUUUGUGGUGUUAAACAUUCAACUGCCAUUUUUUCCCCUU